UCGGUGAACACGUGUGCAGCGCUCUUCACUUGGAGAAAAAAAAAUUUGACAUAAGUUUCUGAAAUUACCAAGCAAGUCAUCCAAUUUCUCCCCCCCUACCAACAAUCGUCUAAAGAGAAAGUACUGCAUACUGUCCGAGAAAAUUGACUUGCGACAGUGGGACAAUGGACGGGAUAUCCCAGAACAUUCAGACUUCAGGAUUUACCCUGGACUUGGGACCCCUGAAAGAGCCCUUGGCAUUUAUUAGAGUGCUCGAAUGGAUCUUCUCCAUAUUUGCCUUCGCUACGGCGUCGGGUUACGCCGGCGCUACGAGCAUCAACGUGCAGUGCCAGGGUCGCAGCACCAGCCAAGAAAUCACUGCCGUCUUUAACUACCCGUUCAGGCUGAUGGCCCAUCCAUACAUCGUCCCCUCCUGUAACAACGACUCUAGUACUAUCCAGCUCUAUCUGACCGGCGACCACUCCUCCUCAGCUGAGUUCUACGUCUGUAUCGGGGUGUUUGCCUUCCUCUACAGCACCGCCAGCCUGGUGAUCUACCUGGGCUACCAGCACGUCUACAGGCAGACCAGCCGCGGCCCCAUUGUGGACCUGCUGUUGACAGCAGCUUUUACCUUCCUGUGGCUGGUGUCCUCCUCUGCCUGGGGUAAAGGCCUGACUGAUGUGAAGUGGGCUACCAGCCCCUCUAACCUGGUAGGCUUAAUCUCCACCUGCAAGGACGUCGGUAACAAGUGCACACCAGGAGCUGUGCCUCACAUGGGGCGACUCAACUCCUCUGUGAUCUUUGGAUUCCUCAACCUGAUAUUGUGGGGUGGUAACUGCUGGUUCAUCUUUAAGGAGACGCCCUUCCACAAGUCAGCCAACCCCCUUGGUGACGCCGAGGAGGGUUUAGGUGUCAGGCCCAUGACUUCCUAACUGGGCAGCAGUUCCCUGCUGUCAACGGCUACGUUCCAGACUGCAUGCAAAGCAGUUGCACUGCACAAAUUAACCAAUCUUGGGGGCGAAUCUUAACUUUGACUCAAAUUUGCACUUAGUCAUAUGCAUCGAUGCCUAUGGUAGACAAUGUGCCUUUUGUGGAAGUGAAGAUUUGCCCCUAAUGUGAUUUCUGACUUGUUAAACACUGGUGUCUUUUGAGGUGUGUUUUGAGAUUUCGUUGUGUGUGCUUUUUUGCUGCCGAUCUGUACCCGGGCCUGAAAUUCCCUCCAACCAAGUAGUUCCUACAUUAUACCUUUUCCAAAUGCUUGUAAAGUCGCAUGUCUCAUUCGGUGCAAAACGCUGCUUAGAAAUGUCUUCUAGUAGGUUAUUAAGUUGGAAACCGUUUCUUUUGAUGCAUUCACAGUGCCACGUUUAUUAUUACAAAGUGUUCGAAGUGGUCCAUUUUUAAGUUCUCUAAAUGGGUACAAAACCGAACCCAAGCUAUUACGGAAGGGGGAACGCCAUACAAUUAGGUCAGAACUAGUUUUGGUUCGUGCAGGUAAUUGUUUAGUUUCGCAGUAAAUCCAACGAUCAAAUGCAUCCCUCCGUUUUAUUCAGAGUCAAAACGUGUGAAUUUAUUUUGUUGAUCAGAAACCUUUUUUUAUUUUUUUUCAUUUUAUGCUGUUACUUUGAGGAUGGUUUAGUGUUUUUGUUGUGUAUUUAUAUAUAUAUAUAUAAAAAAAUCAGUGCUUAUAUCAAUGUUAUAACAAGAUUAACAAACUGUUAUUCUCUCUCUGCUUGUUAUUUGGCAAAUUAAAAUAAAUAUUCACUCCGUUUUUUUAAAUGGUUUGACAUUUCAAGUGAUGCCAAAAGCCAGGGAUCAUCAACUAGUGUAGAUUCAGCUGCAGGCCGAUUUAUUUUUAUGUAAAAACAUUUUUUUUUGUCGAUGAUGAAGGGGGGGGGGGGGGCAGGAGAACAUUAAUUACAAAUAAUUUAUAGACUGCAAGAAAUCCAAACAGAUGUAUUUGACUGAAACGUUACAAACCUUGCUUACAUUUGAAAUUCGAUCACAUAUCUCUCUGAUGCGUGGGACUACUUUGAAAAGAUGUUCCAAAUUAAAAGCACUUGGUGCUGAUUCGCUGGUGGGGUUUUUUUUCUUAGUCUUAUGUCCAACAAUUUAGAUCAAUUGCUCAGUAAGCUUUGCAGGCCAAAUAACAUCAAUCUGGCCCGCAGGUCACCAGUUGGGGAACCCUGCCAUCAGCAAUCCUACAGUACUUCCUGCCAUCAGCAAUCCUACAGUACUUCCUGCCAUCAGCAAUCCUACGGUACUUCCUGCCAUAAGCAAUCCUACGGUACUUCCUGCCAUCAGCAAUCCUACAGUACUUCCUGCCAUCAGCAAUCCUACAGUACUUCCUGCCAUCAGCAAUCCUACAGUACUUCCUGCCAUGUCUUUGAAAUGUGCCUUUUUGUCCCUCUGUUGUGCAGCAUGGUUUGCCAUAUUGUUUUAACAAUGUUGUAAGAAAAUAAAGCCAUCAAAACUCCUGUUUUUUCACGC